AUGCUUGAUGAAUUUGAGCAUCAGCCCAAAUCCAGCCAUGUGAAGUCAUUUUUGGCUGGUGGAUUUGGUGGCAUGUGUACAGUUAUUACCGGACAUCCUUUUGAUACUAUAAAGGUUCGUUUGCAGACGAUGCCGCAUGCUGGACCUAAUCAAAUCCCCCUAUAUCGGGACGCUUUUGAUUGCGCUUGCAAAACCGUUACAAAUGAGGGCAUUCGUGGUCUUUACAAGGGAAUGCUUGCUCCCUUAAUCGGUGCUAUGCCACUCUUUGCUGUUUGCUUCCUUGGUUUCAAUGUUGGAAAAAGUGUUUUCGCAAAAGAUGUUAACAAGAUCAGCAAACCUGAACUAUUUUGCGCUGGCAUGUUUUCUGGCGUAUUCACUACUAUUUUGAUGGCUCCAGGGGAGCGUAUAAAAUGCCUGCUGCAGAUUCAAACCAAAGAUGCUCAUAUUAAAUAUCACGGUCCACUGGAUGUUAUUAAACAGCUGUACAGAGAAGGUGGAAUUCGUAGUAUUUACAAGGGAAGUGUUGCAACGCUUCUAAGAGAUGUUCCUGCUUCCGGCAUGUUCUUUUUGAGUUACGAAUGGAUCAAAGAAAUUUUCGGGCCCGGAAAUAUGGCUGCUCAUCACACUUUAUUUGCUGGUGGGAUGGCUGGUAUUUUUAAUUGGCUGGUCGCUAUUCCUCCAGAUGUUUUAAAGUCUCGUCUUCAAACAGGUUGGUAUAUUUUUAUUUUAAAUUUCAUUGACUUUAUUAACAAGCUAUUCCCAAAGCACAUAAUCGUCUUGAUCGGUUUGAGAGUAAUAAUAGAAAAGCGAUAG